AUGAGGGAUCAAUUUGUCUGGGGUCUGAAGGAUGACUCUAUCAAGAGGAAAUUAUUAGCUGAGAAGGAUGUCAGCUACGAGAGGGCAAUUGAAAUUGCCAGUGCUAUGGAAGCAGCGAGACGAGACAUGGUGGAAUCUAGUGAAUGGGGUACACCGAUAGUACCAAUUCUGAAGAAGAAUGGUGUUGAUAAUAUUAGUGCUGAUUAUCUCUCAAGGGCUUUCGAAUCAAGUGUGGAGGAAUUGGGAGAGAAUGAGAAGAAUGAUUAUGGUUAUUUGAAUUUUGUUGAAGAGGAAAUUGUAUUGUUUGACUCUGAUUUGGUUAAAAGCGAAAGUGAGAAAGACUCUGUGAUUAAAAAAGUGAUUAGCUUUGUAUUAGGUGGUUGGCCAAGGGUUAAAGAGGAAGGUUUGGAAGUUUUCGAGUGCAGGAAAUUAGAAUUACAUGUUGAGAGAGGAUGUUUACUGUGGGGACAUCGAGUGGUCGUGCCAACGUCGUUGAGAGCUAUGGUGUUAAAAGAGUUGCACGCAUCUCACAUGGGAAUUGUCAAAAUGAAGGCACUUGCUAGAUCAUAUGUAUGGUGGCCUAAUAUUGAUCAUGAUAUUGAACUAGUACCUAAAUCAUGUUUAUUGUGUCUCGAAAAUGGGAAUAAACCACCUAGAAAUCCUUUGACAGUGUGGAAGUGGCCAGAAGGUCCACAGUUUCGGAUUCAAGCAGAUUUUGCUGGACCAAUUAAUGGAAAGAUGUUCAUCAUUAUAGUCGAUGCAUAUUCGAAGUGGAUUGACGUGCGUGAAAUGGCUAAUAUCACUUCAGAAUCUACAAUUGAAAUAUUUGAAGAUUAUUUUGCAGUUUGGGGAAUUCCUGUAGUUCUCGUUACUGAUAAUGGUACAAGUUUUACUUCAAAAGAAUUUGAGGAUUUUGUUAAAUAUUAUGGAGUGGAACAUAUCAGGACGCCGCCAUAUCAUCCUGCAUCAAAUGGUGCAGCAGAAAAUAUCGUUAAAACUUUUAAAAAUAAGUUAAAAGUAUUGAUGAAGUCGGGUAAAUCUGCAAAGAAAGCUUUGCGAAUCUUUCUGAUGAGUUAUAGAGCCACUCCACAUUGUACUACCGGUUUUACACCUGCGGAAUUACAGAUGGGUCGAAAGAUGAGGAUUAAGUUAGAUUUCCUUCGUCCGAAUCUUCGCCAUAGAGUUGUGAAACAACAAGUUAAACAACAAUUCUACGCACCGGGUACUCAUCAAAGGAGUUUUGAGAUUGGUCAAAGAGUUAUGGCAGCAAAUCAUAGCGGUGAUAAUUUUGUUUUGGCUACUGUGGAGGAACAACUAUCUCCAGUGGUUUACUUGGUGAAGACUAUGGAUAAUCGUCUGUGGAAAAGACACGUUGAUCAAUUGAAGGGAUGCGCAGUUUUCCCUGAUCACAAAGUGACAACAAUUCCUAAUGAAGUUGUUUCUGAAGUCAUUAGUCCAAGUACGAGUAAUAACUCAGAGUUGUUCUCUCAUUCAGUAACAUCUGAGAACAAUGUUAUAACACCUGUCCAUGAAACGACUAUUACAACACCAUCGGAGAGUGCAACUCAAGCAGUGUCAACUACGUUUGAGAAUCAGCCCGUUACGUUGGAUGUUCCUGCCCCAGUAAACAUUCCGGAUGUCGAUACUUCUUUACGUCGAUCAACUCGUGUUCGUCGUGCUCCAACCAGACUGAAUUUAUAA